UAGAACUGGCAGACAUAGACAUUCAGUACAAGAAGAAAAAGAUUGAAAAUCUUGCACUGGAGUCCGAAAUAAAAAAGAGGACAAUUAGGAAACUGGACCUUGAAAUAAAAAAACUUGAGAGGGAGGUGAGAUAUGCCUUCAAUGUACACUGUAUGCUAACUGUAACACAAAUGUAUUAAUCAUUAUUUUUCUUUCCUCCCCCAGCUCCAAGAAGAUGACACAGCUCAAAAUAAGAAUUAGGUAUAUUCUCGUAAAGUCAAGUGAGCCAUGACAUAUGAGCUCUUAUUGUGAGCACACAGGACGGUGGCAUCUUUAUAAGGUUUUUUUAUUUUCCCAGCAAUCGGUACAACCAAGUCAUCGUUAUAAGGCAUCGCCCUCUUUUGCCCACCCCCCCAGCACCAGGUGUGGCCACUAGCCUAUAUGAAGGCCCAAAAUUGUGUGUUCCUUUCUGCUCUGACAAUGGCAUGCCCAUUCUUGCGAGAUGUGGUGGAUGAAGAAGCACUUGUGCUGAGGAGAGCCUUCAGGUGAGAAAGGGUCUUCAGGGACCGGUUGGACCCACUGGCCUUCCCUGAUGACCAUCUAUAUGAAAGAUACAGGUUUUCUGCAGAUGGCAUCAGGUAUCUAUGCAGACUACUGGGUCCCAGGAUUAAGCACCGCACUGCACGGAGCCAUGCACUGAGUGUGGAGCAAAUGGUUUGUGUGGCCUUGCGCUUUUUUGCUAGUGGAGCCUUCCUGUACUCAGUGGGGGAUGCAGAACAGCUGAACAAGGCCACAAUUUGCUGCACAAUAAGGAGUGUGUGUCUGGCUAUCAAAGCAUUAGCAGAUGUCUUCAUCUCCUUCCCUGGCCACAGAAGACUCUGUGACAUCAAAGAGGAGUUCUAUAGGAUUGCAGGUUUCCCCAAUGUCAUUGGUGCAGUGGACUGCACACACAUAAGGAUAAAAGCCCCCUCAGGUGCCCAUGAGGCUGAUUUUGUGAAUAGGAAAUCCUUUCACAGCAUUAAUGUUCAGAUGGUCUGCAAUGCUGACUGUGUGAUCAGCAAUGUUGUGGCAAAAUGGCCUGGCUCAGUCCAUGACUCCAGAAUCUUUCGGGCCUCUGAAAUCUAUCAGUGCCUAUCACAAGGUGAAUUCUCUGGUGUGUUGCUGGGAGACAGGGGGUAUGGCUGCCAGCCUUUUCUCCUGACACCUUUCACAGACCCCCAGGAAGCACAGCAGGCCUACAACCAUGCCCAUGCCAGGACCAGGGCCAGAGUUGAAAUGACCUUUGGCCUCCUGAAGGCACGUUUCACUGCCUUCACAAAUUAA